GAGAAUGGUUUAAUGUUGACCCUGAAGCUGUUAUAAGUCAGGCCUUGCAAACAGGAGGGGGACCUAAUGUUUCAGAUGCAUACACCAUCAAUGGACUUCCUGGACCAUUGUAUAAUUGUUCUUCUAAAGAUACAUUCAAACUAAAGGUGAAGCCAGGCAAGACAUAUCUGCUGAGGCUGAUCAACGCUGCACUCAACGAAGAGCUCUUCUUUAGCAUAGCCAAUCACAGCCUAACUGUGGUUGAAGCAGAUGCCAAAUACACCAAACCAUUUGACACAGACACACUCCUCAUAGCCCCAGGACAAACCACAAAUGUUCUUCUCAAAACCAAACCUUAUUUUCCCAAUGCCACAUUUCUCAUGGCUGCUAGGCCUUACUUCACUGGCCGUGGCACUUUUGACAACUCCACAACCACUGGUAUCCUCCUCUACAAGCACCAAUCUUCUCACAAAAAUCUCACCCUUCUCAAACCAACUUUGCCACCCAUAAACGCCACAAACGUUGUGGCAAACUUCACAGCAAAAUUCAGAAGCUUGGCCAAUGAUAAAUUCCCCGCCAAAGUACCCCAAAAAGUGGACAGAAAAUUUUUCUUCACCGUGGGACUAGGGACCAGUCCUUGCCCUAAAAACACAACAUGCCAAGGGCCAAGUAACAGCACCAAGUUUGCAGCCUCAGUGAACAACAUUUCCUUUGCACUUCCUUCAUCUGUUUCCCUCAUUCAAGCCUACUAUUUGAAACAGUCUAAUGGGGUUUUCAAGACUGAUUUUCCUGUCACACCUUUGAAUCCUUUUAACUACACAGGAACACCUCCGAACAACACAAUGGUCACUAAUGACACGAAGGUGGUGGUGCUCAAGUUCAACACUAGUGUGGAGGUGGUGUUGCAGGGUACUAGUAUUCUUGGGGCUGAGAGCCACCCCUUGCAUCUUCAUGGCUAUGACUUCUUUGUUGUUGGACAAGGGUUUGGAAACUAUGACCCCAACAAAGACCCUGCAAAGUUUAAUCUGGUUGACCCGGUUGAGAGGAACACUGCUGGUGUUCCUGCUGGUGGCUGGAUUGCUUUUCGAUUUUUUGCAGAUAACCCAGGGGUGUGGUUCAUGCACUGUCACCUGGACCUCCACACAAGUUGGGGAUUGAGAAUGGCAUGGCUUGUAUUAGAUGGGCCCGGGCCCAACCAGAAGCUUCAACCACCUCCUUCUGAUCUUCCAAAAUGUUGACUUUGACUAAAACCCUUUUGGGUCCAGAUUCAUUGGCUCUGCAUCAUUUACUUAGUUACUCUCCAAUGUUGUUUGUUCCUUUCUUUUCAACAACUGUGAAAUUCUUUUGAUGUGUUAAGGGAAAACGAAUAAGUUAUGACUCGUGCAUGUCACACUACAAUGGGGUUUGUUCAGGUGAAGGGUUCGGUUUGUCUUGAUGUUGUUGUCAUGUUUGGUUGGUUGGUUUGAAAUGAGCAGUCACAAGGGUUUUGCCCUCUGAUGGAAUAUUUAAAGCAUUAGCUGAUAAUUAAAAUUUGAUCAAUUCCU